CCACGACGAACCUCUCGCCGAGAUCCAGAUCAUGCUCGGGUCGGUUGUACGUCCUUUCACUCUUUCGCCCUUUUCACUUUCCCUCUCCCUUUCCUUUCCUCUUAUUCCCAUCUCCCAUGUUCCCCCAUACCUAGGUAGAGGUACCUAUUUACUCAUCCCCAGAGGUAACCAUGCAUGCUUACGGGCGCGCCGGCUCCAAUUCAUCACUCAACCUUCUUCCAACGCCAUCCGCCAUGAAUUCACCACAGCCAGAACAUGGCGCUCGGCCAAAUCUCCUCUCUUAUGUAUAAGGGGGGAUCACGAUCCAUGGAUAAAUAUGUACCGGGAGGGCAGGCAGAGGACAGUUUAAAGUAAUGCGUCUAUGUCGCGACAAAGAGGUGUUUGCUGAGGAUGCGCAUAGGUAGAUAUUCUAGUUCCCGAUCGAAUGCGUGAUUUGAUAUUUGGGAAGGGGGAAAGCAUCUUGCGCCUUUUCGAGUAAGAUUUUUGUGGAGAUGAGUAUUGACAGUCCCGGGAAUUGGGUCGGUGGGGGAAAU